AAUUUGGUUGGAUUCGGUUUGAUACUUUGCAUCAUAUCAUAUUUACUAAAUAUAGCUGAAAGGAAGGAAUAAAAAGGCCGGUAGUAAGUUAUUACUGUAUUUCGUGGUUCAAAUACUUCAUAUUCGUUGAUUAAAUAUGUCGGAAUCGGAAACUCCAACUGCUACCGAUAGUACGGCAAAACAUGAGUCCCAUGGAAGGAAAAGACUGCGGCAUCGUAAGAAAUUGUUAUACGAUAAAAUACUCAAGCAAAUGGAGUUUUAUUUCAGUGAUGCAAAUCUCACUAAAGAUAGAUUCCUCGGUGAAUUAGUUAAAACCGACCCUUAUGUGCCUAUAGAAGUGUUUCUAAAGUUCAAUAAGAUUCGCGCCAUGACGCAGGACGUUAUUGAUAUCGCGAAAGCUAUGAAGUUUUCUACAAUUUUGGAGCUAUCAGAAGAUAGACAGAAGAUACGAAGAAAAAAGCCUGUGGAACCGUAUGAUGCUGAAUCUAGAACUGUGUAUGUAGAGUCUAUACCAGUCACUGCUAACAGGGAGUGGCUUGAAAAGGUGUUCUCGGACUAUGGGCAUGUUGCAUACAUUUCGUUACCCAAGUUUAAAAACUCACAGAGAAUCAAGGGUUAUGCCUUUAUAGAAUUUGACAAAGCAGAAGAUGCACAUAAUUGCAUAGUUGCAUUCACGCAGAUGGGCUGCAGGCUGCCGACAAGCAUGCCACCCGAGGAACUCUCUUCUGUUAAAAUGUUUUCAGUUGAGGAGUCUGAUGAUAAGUUGAAACAAGAAGACAUAAAAAAAGAUAAGACAAAUAAAACCACAGAAGAAUCAGGCAUUAAGACAGUAGAGGAUAAGGUAAAGGAAGAUACAGACAUUGUGAAAGAUGAUAUAAAGGUUAAAGAAGACCUCAAGGUGAAAGAAGAAGAUGAACCACCUAGGAAAAAAUCAAGAAAGAGUAAAGAUAAAAGACCCAAAAAUUUAGAACUAAGACCAGGGCAAGACUCAGAUUCUGAGAAAAGGGAUACUCCUACUGAUGAGUGCAAAAAUAUAACAACACCAGUAGAUGAUGUGUGUAAGAAAGAAGAAUCUAAAAAUGAUUUAACUAGCCAUAACAAAUCCAAGGAUGAUGCAGAUUCACCAUCUAAGAAGAAAAACAAAAAAAAGUCAGCCAAAACUAAAAUCAAAACCCCAAAUGGUUUAAAUACAAAAGAAGCUCCAAAGGGAGCCUUAUGGGGCCUCCAAGUUUUGCCGAGAUCAGAAUGGAAAGCAUUAAGGAAUAAGUAUUUAACUCUGCAAAGGAAUUAUAUGAAGCAAGUGAAGUUCAAUUUGUAUAAUAGGAAGAAUUCCUAUUCAGCAAUACCCGAGCCUGCUACACUUCCAAUGGAAGCUGACACAGCUUCAAAUCCUGGAAAAAUGAUCAGCAGCAAGAAUGUGACACCGCUGGAGAAAAUCCCAGGUGUCUUUGUUAGAGAAGUUCUACCGGAACCGUGCUGUGAUAUCAGGCACACCAAAAGAACGGUGCGAAGCAAUAUCCAUGCCCUGCAUGUGGAUGCCAAAGAGGGCCAGUCGGAGAUAAUCAUACGCUUUGAUUCAGCGAAAGCAGCUGACGAAUACUGCGCCAACUCCAGCAACCGCGCCAGCAUCCUGUCGGGCGUGGAGGAAGAGGAGCAGUGGGCGCGCGCGGAGGCGGGGCGCGCGUGGCCGCGGCCGCGCGGGCGCGAGCGCCUGCGCGCGCGCCUGCAGCGCCACGGUGCCGCGCCCCCGCCGCCGCCGCCGCCCGAGCCCGCCUCGCCGCAGCCCACGCACACGCACAUCAGAUUCGACGAGUAACGAUCCUGUUAGUACGACGGGCUCUAGCUGAGAUGACGAUCGUUUAUUAAAACGCCUGUGUAAACUUCGAUGUCUAUUUAUUGAUUCAAAGUAGCACGAUUUGGACUCAGAAUCGGGUGAAAUAGUAUAAACGAGUGUUAGCUACUCGUUUAAGUCCCGUUUAGUUUUUAAAUUUUCAAUUAUAUUAGUUUAAUUUGC